CUCUAUUCAGCCGGGGAUAAAAUUUUCACAGGGGAAUACAUUUGUUUGGCCUAAAGGUUAUCCAUUUAGACAGAAACUUUCUUGGCUCUGCUGAGAUGACUGAGACGAGAUGUUCACGAGUCCUGGAUGGUUUUGAUCUGGAGCUCUUAAAGUUUGAUCCAGUGAUUGCGCGGGGAGUUCCUUAGAAAAUAUCUGACAUUUAAUCCUCUCAGACUAGUGAGCGAAUGGGAUUUUUUUUUCUCAAUUUAUCAAGAUGGGGAUUUUUGUUGAAAAAUCCUCUCAGAUGUUUGUCACCCCUGCACAGGGGGAGCUGGUGGGUGGCUCAAAGCGUUCAGCCUACUGCCAGGGAUUUAUUAUACAGGCGCCCCAUCCCUCCAAUCCACGGCCUGCUCGCCUCAGAGUGGCACACCCACCACCCCGCCGUCACUGUGGGAGAGCUGGGGCCUUCUGGGCUUCCUGGUCCUCGGCUCCGCCUCGUCUCGAUCUGGCCGGACAGGGGGAAAACACUUCUCAGUUAAAAGAACAAAAGCAACAACGGGCGGACGGAGGGGGGACGAUCUAACGGCGACUCGGAUUCAGACUCGGACUGGAGAUCUGUGCCACCUCGGGCAGGAAUCAGCCGACGACUCCAACUCCUCAGACGGGCGACAAACUUGGUCGCGUCGCAUCUUUGUAUCCCGACGGUAAUCCGUGGAGACGCUUGGUAAAUAAGACGAGGGUCAAACAAACAGGCGGACGGUAUUGUCUGCCCCCCACCCCCCGGUCUCCCUCGAAACUUCGGCCGUUAAAAAAAAAAAAAAAAGCGCAGCGGUGCCGAGGAAACUCUGGCUUUCCUCGGUUUUCCUUUCGCUCAGACGGACCUCAGGGAUAAAAGGCUGCUUGGACCUUUUCGGUUUCUGUUGUGGUAUCUGCCUUUGUGAAGAGGCUACACACUUAUCUUUCAGGACCGAGAACUUGGAAGUGGAACAAAGCCUGACUGGGAAGGGGUGAGAAAGUAGACUGUGAUGGAUUUCUCAUGGAUGCCCGUUCCUUCUGCUCCCACCCUUUGCGACCAAUCCCCCAACUCGCGCAAAACAAAAGGGAAGGAACCUAUUUUGAUAGCCCAGAUGGCAACAUACACUGAACAUAAUGGCCGGAACGGACUUCUUGUGGGCCUGAAGGAGCCCUUACAAGGGAAGGUGACGAAGACAGAAUGUGAAGCAAAGCUUGAAGCUGAACGCUCCUCCAAAGAUUUGUGCCAUUCUGCCAGCUCGGCUGAAAGUAACACAAGCGGUGGGCCGAGUUUCACCACCAACAACAACUCUGUCGUGUGUCUUCCUCUGGUGUCGGAGGGACUCAAACUGGUGUGGACACAGUCUGAUCAGACCCGUGAACUUGACACGAUCCCAGAGCUGGUCCAGGCUUUUAACUUAUUUCCGUACCCAUCAUCUCACGAGGUCAGUGCCCUGGCUCGGGCAUGUGCCUUGCCCCUGGACAAAGUAAAAGUGUGGUUUAUGGUGCAGAGAAUCAAAUAUGGUAUUAGCUGGUCCUCGGAGGAGAUCGAGGAGACACGAAGGAAGCUGGCUGUUCCUGAGAUUUAUGAAGACACUGCGGAAACAAAUGAAGAAGCCGCCGCGAAGACCAAGAGCAAAAGUUUUGAGCAGCUGGUAAUUGACGACAAGGAAACCAAUGAAGAGGAAGCUGCUUUGUCGAGCCUCAUCCCCCACAAGAAAACACCAAAGUGUGAAUCACCAGAUUCAUAUAAACCAGCCAAAACUAGUGCCCCGUGUUUCAGUUCCACCCUCCCACCUCCUCAGGAUUCUUACUUCUACCGCCCACCAGCAGACCAACCAACUAGCACAGCGACUGAUGUCUCCCUUGACCUUUCUGACUCGUCUACGCGACAGCACCGUCAUGGACGCUACAAAAAGUCCAAAGUUCAGCUAGCUGCCCUUCGCAAAAGUUUUCUGAGGGAGAACUGGCCCGCUGAAGCAGAGCUCAGACGUUUGCAGGAAGAGACCGGACUGAGCCGUAACGACAUACGUAAAUGGUUCAGCGACAGUCGUUAUCAGUUACGAGUUGGUCGAGGCAGCCUGGCAGCAGCCCAGUCCUAUUCUCACCACAGCGUCGUAGUAAGUAAACACGAUCCACAACCUCUUCCUCUUAUUACCCAGAAGACUCGUCAGCUGAACGGGGCAAAAGGCCUCGAGGCAGCGCGCAGCAAUGGGAUUAGAAAUUCGCAUUUCUUUCAGACCUUUUUGACAAACAGCCUGGAAGCAUUCGGGGACAGGGUCCCUGACACUCAAGAGGGUGACGUUGUGGAGGAACUUUCUGGUGACGGGGACAGUUUUAAAGAUGAGGAACAAAGUGAAGAAGUACCCUUACAGCUGACCAAGACCUGCAAGGCUGAGGCAGACGUCCCCCAGGAACCGUCGAGUGUAUUAAAAUCCUCUCCCUAUUCUUCCCCCUCCGGCAGCCCGCCACUGACUGCCUCACCUAGUAAGCCACUUUCAAACAGAACCAGCACAUCAAAGAAGUCCGCCUACUCAGCCAAAACCAGUCCCUCACAAACACCAGUGAGCUUCUCAGGGGCUUCUACGUCCACAUCCGCAUUCUCCCCCCUCACUCCUGCGGGGCGACCCAGAAAGACCAAGGAGCAGUUGGAUGUAUUAAAGCAGCACUUCUUGCGUUGCCAGUGGCCCAAGAGUGAAGAUUACACUGAACUUGUCAAGCUUACAGGUUUACCCCGGGCCGAUGUCAUCCAGUGGUUCGGCGACACGCGGUACGCCGUCAAAAACGGCCAGCUGCGCUGGGUGAAGGGGGUCCGCGACCAGUUCAUGGCGGAGCUCGCCCUCCAGCAAAGCAGCAGCGGCGUGACGAACGGAGGUGGGACGUCCACUCGGCCCGGCGGGAGUCGCAAAAGAAAAGCUCAAGCGAACGGCAGAAGUACAGAUUCCCCCGAUCUCCAGCCCUUGGCAGCAUAUUACCUUUCAACAGGCACACUUCACGAAAAAGACCUUGACACUCUAUGCAAGAAAUCGAGAAUGAGCUACCAGCAGGUGAGAGAUUGGUUUGCAGCUCAGGAUGUUGGGGAGAACGACCAAGAACACGUUGAGACUUCAGAACAUUUCUAAAAGUUGGUGAAGGACUUCUCACAUCUUGUGCACCAACGAGCAUAACUAUUACCUGGGUUUAUAUUGCUUUAACUGAGGCAGGUUUGUAACAUCUAGUCUUCCUAGUUCAAGCCCAAAGUGAGGUUUGUGUUUUUAUAUAUGCUGCAUUCCUUGCUUAUCCUAAUAUAUUUGGACUUGAAUUAUAAUUGUUCUGCAUGUGUUGCUCUAAAUAGGACAGUAAUUUGUACACUGGUAUGCUAUAUUUUUUUAGCUUAUUGCUUUUGUCUAGAUAUCACUACUACAGAUUUUUUUUUUUUAGUAUGCUAUUGUGGCAGUAUAAUUUAAACUGCUUGUACUUUUGGUACCUGGCUGAUGAGCAGAUGAUUGACUGCUCCAGAAAAAAAAAAUGUCUACAUUGAAUUUGUUGACUGAUCACUGUGUGUAAUCAUUCCUUUACAGCCAAUAAUUCUUUGUCAUGAAAUGCACACUGGACAUAUUGCACUUUGGUUUUAGAGCCUGCUGCCAUUAUGUUGAUUAAGUCCAACUAUUUCACAAAACCUGCAACCUACGAUCAUGCUUUUCAGAAGAAAAGGAUGGUACAGAAAAUGCAGUUACAUGUAAUAUCUACAACAUUUCUGAAAUACAUUCCCUUGUUCCCUUUUAAACUUUGUGCUGUAAUACUUGACUUACUAUUUCAAUAGCCAUUUGCAUUCAACUGCACCACUGUAACCAGAAAGGUUACCAGUACUAAGAAGCAGCAACCACAUCCAUCAUCUGACAUUAUGAAGAUGUGAUUCAGUCAGUAUUUUUGUCUUAAUAGGUCUAGGGUGUGACUUCAUGCUUUAUAAUAUAGAUGAACUAGGUUAAGUUAACUGAUGGAGGUCCACAUAUUGUAUAAGUAGGAUUCAAAUCCAAAGAAAAAAUACAAUUAUGUCUGUCAACUCACAUUGUGAAAUAUAGCACAAUUAUACGUUGAGGUUAUCGGUUCUUGUAUUUAUUAGUUAUUUCCUACAUUGCUGUGUUUUAAGAACUCCACACUCUAAAGUACUUUUCGUAGUUGACCUACAGAGGUUGAAGUGGGUUUUUAAUGGAGUGAGAGUUGAGUUCCUUAGAAAUUGUCUGGACAAAGAUUAGGUCGCCAGAAAUUUGACAAAGCAGUGUUCAACAUUUUGUUCUGUCUUCCUGUUUAGUCAUGAAAAGCUAAUUCGAGUGUCAUGUCGUGUGGAAAUGUCCAUAACGUAGUGUCUUCCUUUGCAGAUGUUUUCAAUGUAAUUUUUUUUUUUUUUUUUUUCUCUGUUUGAAAAACUUCUCAUUUGCACAAUUGUGUCACUGGAAACCAGUAAAAGAUUUGCCUUUAAAA